UUGGUCGAAGACCAUUCCACCAUGCACUCGACACGCGGAAGAUUUUGGUGCGCUUGACGUCAUCGGGCUCCCCUCCUUAUUCCCUGGGGGUGGCUUAAAACUCAGGUCUGUCUGGAAGCGAAGCUCACUCCCAUCAGCUGUGCCUCGCGACGCGCUCACCCGCUUUGUUCGAGCUUUUCGGGACCCGUCGGAGUAUUUUUUUUCUUAAUUCCUAGUUAUCGUUUUUUUUCUUUGUGGGCGGGAGAAGACGUCGUUCAGAGAUAUUGAAGCAUCUCGAAACUUCCAAGCCAUUCCCGACGAAACGAGACGCUGGCGCCAUCUUCGUCCGCAGCCUUUGAUGCACAGUCGACAAAUGGAGUCGGGUUUUGACAGCUUGGAAUCCUCUCUCAGCUUCGAAGAUUCGCUCCUACAGUCAAGCAACAUAGACCACCUCUACCACACGUACCUCGGCAGCAUGGACACUUUCCCUGCAGCAUAUGGCGGCAACGACACGUAUUCCACCGAACAGCUGAACCUCCAGUGCCAAAGCCUACACGACAGAGCAGCCAGACAGCGUGGCGCACAGCUGGAAACGUUUCAAAAUGUCAGCGUCAGCGACUGGCGAGGAGAGGAGUGCGCAGCCUGGGCCUCCAGCGUGUGCCGCCGUCGGGGCCUCGGCCAGAACGCCGUGGAUCUCUGCUCCUUCAAGACUCUCAGUGGGUCCCUUAUACUUCAGUUUUCCCUGCAGGAUUUCUGCACACUUGUCGGCGACGAUAUUGGGAGACUGUUUUACAAGGACUUUCGGGCUCAAGUGAAGAGACAAGGAGCGGACUACCUCGAGGACCAAGGCGAAGGCAACUCCUCCAUCUUCAGCACGGACUCGAACGCAGCCCAGGACGCCGACUCGUGGACGUAUACGAAGGACGACUUUCAAGCCCUCGACAAGUACAUUCUCGAGGACACGUGGGACCCCCAGUCGGACAGCCUGCAGGACCUCGAUCUACAGGAGCAGUUCAUGCCGAUCAAAUAUGAUGAGUAUCAGCCUCAGCAUCCGCACAUGCCCGAGGGUCACCACCAUGAGCCGCUGACCUUACAAAGUGACCCGACCUCCUCCUACCCGUCACCUGCCGACUCGGACGUUUUCAAAAAGAUUCCAACGAAUACACGUAGACGAGAACGCGGCCCCAAGAGCUGGGAGUUCCUGGUCCGCCUCCUCGCUGACCCUCGAACCAAUCCCUCGGUGAUUCGCUGGGAGGACGAGGGCGACGCGACCUUCCGCCUCACGCAGCCGGACGCGAUCGCCAGGAUGUGGGGCGCCAGGUCAGGGAAGCCGAGCCUCUCCUAUGUCAACUUCGCGAGGGGACUGAGGUACCACUACAACACCGGCGCUCUCGAGGCCGUGUCGGAGAGGCAGCUCGUGUACCGCUGCGGGCCGAAAGCGCUGCAGUAUCUCAAGCAACUUAAGCAAGAGGGCAUGUGAAGCGUUCGCCUUGUCUCCUGCUUUUGAAGGAACUGCUCUUCGGGUCUCCAUUCUCGAAGCUAUGGAGGCCGUGUGCUUGAUCCGUUAUGGGCAUUUCCUGUAUUGUUAUGUUUGUGUGAGUUCACUCUGUCUGAAAGUUUGUACGUGAGGCAAUGUGUGUUUCUGUGCUUGUGUGAGUUUCUGUUUGUGCUUGUGUAUGUGUGUGCAUGCGUGUACGUGUGCAACCGUCGACCUAGGCUGGAACUGUCGGCAUCACAAGAAUCUACCGACUACCGUUGUCGGGUAUCCAAUCAACCGACACGCUUCACAUUUUGUACUUCAUUAUUUAUACGUACUUUCUACAAGUCAUUACUUUUGCACUGCAUGAAUUAUUUAAGUUUCAUUUGUGAUUACUCGCUGUGAUCAUAUGACACAUGACACCGCAUUCUCUUACCUCAGGAACUCUUCAUCUGACACUUUUUAAAAAUAAGUCAAAGGCAUCUAUUCCAUCUAUUUCCAUUCUGAGAAGCUUUAAGUAGAGACAUUGCAUUAGAUGUAAGCUAACGAUUCAUAAAGAGAGAAGACUAAUGCCACUUUAGUCGAACGCGAAGCAUGACUCUGCACGCCAUGAAAUAGAAGUACCAGGCAUGACGAUGGUGCCAGGGACUCAUCUUCAUGCGAAACGUGAGCCAGUAAGGAGGAGACUCACCCCGCGAAUUCUCAGACUUCUUCGUGGAUAAUGCAUCCGCUGGAAGAAGAGUCGUGAUGGUUCGUAGAUUCUCUUCGAUAUAUGAUUAUUGUGCAUUCAUCACAGGUACCUGCGCCUCGAUCUUUUGGCUUAAGUUUAGGACACUUCUGUUAUGUAUACUGUAUUUUUAUACAAUCUUGUCCCUUGUUAUAUGCAUGCAUGUUGUGUAAACAAAAUAUACACGGACACACAAGGACACGCAAUUACACACUGACAUACAUAAUUUUAUGUGUAUAUAUAUGGAAAAAAAAUUAUGCAUAUAUAUGUAUGUAUACAGAUAAAAAUAUAAAUACAUAUAUGUAUAUAUAUAGGUAUAUAUACAUAUAUUUAUGUAUUUAUAUGUAUAUAC